AUGGCAUUUCAACAGUUUGACGCCGACUUUGUACGGGCAAUGCGGCCACACAUUCACCUGUAUGACAAACUCGAGUAUGCGUUCUCGCACGGAAGCCCGGCCUUAGCAAAACUUGUACUUCCGUACCUAGACACACAGAAAUCCCUAAUGGGAGCGAGGCUAACUUAUGACGCCGAAUAUCUCGAGCAGGUCAUGCUGCGGUUUCCAAACAUUGACACAAACCUGUUCCGAGAAGAAUACGAGCAAACUAUAUAUUCUCUACAUUUACCAACGGCUGCCGUGUUCAUGCGUAACAAUAUGUUGCCCAUCGACCCCCUGUUUGUGGAUUUGUUUGUGGAUUACCUGGUCGAUUAUCGGUGGAAAGUGCCUGCAAACAGAUGGAUAUUCCCGCCCCAAUUUGAAGAUUUGCCGUCGUUGGUUGAACGAUUUAUCGGCGACGGUGGUUACAUGACAUUUGCCGAUAUCAAGGUGGAGCUUUUUUUGAUUGUACGCAAAAAGGCGUGGGCAUUUGACUCGUACGGCGUCCUCGCUCUGAAGGGGAGGGGUGUCAUUCCAACCAGUGCAAGAUCUCUCGGAUUCAUGGACGAACUUUUAAUCGCACUGCAGGACAGACGUCUGGCAACUACAAUCCCGGACAGAGUGGCCGUGAAAUGCAGGACGUUUAGUUGUCGCGUGGCACUCGAUAUACUGUCGAACGAGUACGAUGACCGGAUUCGGAAAAGGGUGGAUGUUGGCGACGAGCCGACGCUCUGA